AUGACGUCUCCAUCCUCAACUAAUGAUGUUUUAUGCCAACCUGAAUCAACCCCGGAGAGCACGCUGUCCGAAGGCUCUCUGGGUAGCUAUGCUGACAUGAAGGACGCCAUGGAAUAUGAAUUCGAAUGCGAUUUCGACCACAUGACAUCAGAAUUUGCCAAAGAAGUCGAAGAGAUCAAGUCCAACCUCAUGGAAUCACUGAACCAGAGAGAGAAGAUCAUGGAAACAGUCUUUUCCAUGCAUUUACCUGUGGUGCCGUCCAGUUUUGAGACGCGAUUUGUUGAACUCGGAAUUGGUCUGGCGCUUGAGAACGUGAUGGAUUGCCUUCAUCAGAAACUACUCCCUCUGGCCAAGAAAGAAGCCAAACGAGCCCUCCACCUCGCUGAGCACCAGGGCGACGAAAUCAAUAUCGCCAGAUGUUACUACUGGAUGGGUCGAAUUGAGUUAUACCAACGCAAUAUAUCCUCAGCCUACAAAUUUUUCAUGACUGCGCGACCCUGUGUCAUGGAUGACAAGCACCCAGAAGGCCGAAGCUUGGGAUACUAUUUGAGCCUUUUCAACCCCGGAGCCGGUGGAACUAUAUCUCAUCCCAAUCAUGAUGCGUUCGAGGCUACUCUCAUCAAGGGAGAUAUGGACCAGUCGGGUGAUAAUCAAUCAAGGAAGCGCAAACAGGAUGCCCAAACUUCGGAGCUCGUUUUACGACCUUUCAACAUGGUUGGUCACACAAAACUGGGUUCAGUGACUAUGAAGAGCCCCCAAUACCCUACCAGUCGACCCGUGGUAUGGAUAACACAAAUAACCGAGGAUGCUCUCCAUUCGGACAGCCCAAUGGUCAUCAUACUGAAAGACGAAGCCAACGCAGAUGGAAUGGACUGGUUGGCUACUGCAAAUUCUGGCCCACGUCUUUCGCAAAUCAAAUUUACCUUUCGUUGCUAUCCCAGAGGUUUGGCACCACGCACACGUCCUACAGAGAUAUUUGCGGAACAACCAGGGGAGAAUCUCCUUUCUGCCGAGGAAUGGCAAGCAUUACAUCAACAUGCUAAGAACAAGAAAGUCACACUCGCCUAUCUGGCAGAUGAAAGACGGAGAAACCUUGAACUAACCAAAAAAACGAUCCAGCUUGGUAUGGGUAGCAAUGGCAGGAGUUGA